AUGCCGUUCGCCCUCGCCUCCUGUUCCAUCGGCCUCCCCAAACACACGCUUCACCAAAAGAUCGAAGCCAUCCGCCACGCUGGCUUCGACGGCAUCGAGCUCUCGUUCCCCGACCUCCAAUCCUACGCCAAUCUCCAUUUCGGUCGCGACAUUGCCGAGGACGACUACGACACCCUCUGCGAAGCCGGGCAAGCAGCUCGCCAGCUUGUCGAGCGCCACAACCUCAAGAUCUUCGUCCUACAACCCUUCUCUAACUUUGAAGGAUGGCCCGAGGGCAGCGAGAAGCGCAAGGACGCCUUUGCGCGCGCAAGAGGAUGGAUACGAAUCAUGGAAGCCGUGGGCACCGACAUGCUCCAGGUUGGCUCGUCUGACUCCGAGGGCAUCGCUACUGACCCGGACCUAGUGGCGGCCGAUCUUCAAGAGCUGGCGGACAUGCUGGCCGAGAAGGGGUUCAAGCUUGCGCCCAACGUUGGGCUGUGCCUUGAUACCUUCCAGUCCGCGGGCGGAGAGUGGGGAGAUCCUACGACCGAGUCUGGUAGGAUCGAGACGCCGGCUAUCACGGAGAUGGAGUUGUCUGUCAGAUACAGAGCCAGCUUGAAGGAGUUAGCGGAGACGGUGCCGGUCGACAAGAUUUUCUUCUUCCAGAUCAGUGAUGCGUACAAGGCCCAGCCGCCGCUGGAGGACAAGCCCGAUACGGAGUCGGGGUUGCGACCAAGGGGACGCUGGAGUCACGACUAUCGUCCACUUCCUUACGACGGUGGUUACCUCCCUAUUGAGCAGUUUGCAAAGGCAGUGCUGGACACGGGCUUCAAGGGAUGGUUCAGUGUGGAAGUGUUUGAUGGGAAGUUCGAGGAGAAGUUUGGUCAGGACUUGAACAAGUAUGCCGAGAAGGCGAUUGAUUCUUGCAAGGAGCUACUAUCGAAAGCAAAGGAGACACAGUAA